AAUAUUAAAAUGCAGGAUCAGAUAAACCGAGCAUUCAACUGGUUGUGAGGUUUGCAGUGAUGUAGAGAUGUGUGUGGAGCCACGGUUGGUGGGUGAGAUGAAAAUCCCAUUCGCCGAGGCGCGCACGUAUCCAGUCCUCACAUCGAGUUUAUGUAAAUACUCUACAAACGAUUGUGGAGGAAUAUCUGUCUCGCGCCACACCGAGAGCACGACACAACUUCAACCGCAUCUACUAAGCAAGAUAAAGCGCAAAUGAAGGGUGAAGGUGAUGUAAAUACUGCGAGGAAAGAUGAGGAUGCUGAUGGAUCUGGUGAGAAACUCUUGGCUUUCAACAGCACUGAGGAGCAGCUGACAGAGUGUGCAGAGAACAGCAUGUGGCGAAAUGAAACAUAUGAAUCUGUCCCCUUGGAUGUGAAGGAGAUUGAUGAAGACAAUCCAACAGGCAAUAGUGACCCUGGAUACCCACAGCAUGGCUCCGCUAUUGAUGAGGAACCAAGGCACUCAAAACAGGAGCCGUACUUCCAGGAUGGCCAGAGGCGAGUAGAUUACGUGCUCACCUACCACGUCCAGAAGCCCCAGAGCACUCGCAGGCGAUCGUCGCACUCAUGCGGCAGAGGCCUGAGUGAAAGCUUGGGCCGCAGAUUUAAACGUGAGCGGGCCAUCCCAUCCGCUCAAGAGGACCCUGAACUUGCAGCCCAAGAGCAGAGACUUGAUUACCAUGACGAUGACCAGCGGCUCCGCAGGGAGGAGUUUGAGGAGAACCUGCGACAUAUGGGACUUGUGAUGGAGAAAGAAGAAGGGACUAAAAUCCCAGGUGUGGGGUUUUUGAAGAUCCAUGCACCUUGGGAAGUUCUUUGUCGAGAGGCAGAGUUUAUGAAGCUCAAGAUGCCAACAAUAAAGAAAUAUGAAGUAAGUCAGGGAAGCAACAUUGUGGAGAAGAUCAACAUGUUCAUGCGCAAAGUCACUGCACCAUUGCAGCCUAAAAUGGGGGAGAAUCAAAUGCAAAAUGAGAAACAUCUCUCCUAUCCAUUCUCUCGGGAAAAACAACAUCUAUUCGAUAUAUCUGACAGAAGUUCCUUCUUUGACAGCAAAACCAGGAGUUCAAUAGUAUACGAGAUUUUAAAAAGAACAAAAUGCACACGAGCUAAGUAUAUAAUGGGACUCAGCAGUCUACUUGGCAAUGGUAUCUACACUGCUGCCUACCCUCUGCAUGAUGGAGAUAUCGAUGAUCUGCAUGCUGAACCAAAUGACAGAAAGCUCUUGUAUGAGGAGUGGGCGAGUUACAGCAUAUUCUACAAGUACCAGCCCAUUGGACUGAUCAGGAAGUAUUUUGGUGAGAAAGUGGGCCUGUACUUCGCCUGGCUGGGUGUGUACACUCAGAUGCUAAUCCCUGCAGCGGUUGUGGGCGUCAUUGUGUUCUUAUACGGUUGUGCCACUGUGGACGACAACAUCCCCAGCAUGGAGAUCUGUGAUGAGAGAAAUAACAUCACCAUGUGCCCGCUGUGUGACCGAGCCUGCAGUUACUGGAAGCUGGUGACCGCCUGCGGCACGGCGAGGGCCAGCCACCUGUUCGACAACACCGCCACUGUCUUCUUUGCCAUCUUUAUGGCACUAUGGGCCACCAUGUUCAUGGAGCACUGGAAGAGAAGACAGAUGAGACUCAAUUACGUUUGGGAUCUCACCGGCUUCGAAGACGGAGAGAGUCAUCCCAGAGCGGAUUACGAGUUCCAUGUCAUGAAGAAGACCAGGAAGAAACAGCAGUCCACACAGACAGGAAAAGAGAAGCUGACGUGCAAAGACAGAAUGCCAGCGUAUAUGACCAUUAUCAUCAUGAUGAUUUUUCUGAUCUGUGUGACGUUGGCCAUCGUGUUUGGCGUGGUGCUGUAUAGGAUCUCCAUCAAGACCGCUCUGCACAUGAGCUCAACGUCCACGUUUCGCUCGAACGUACGGGCCACCGUUAAAACCACUGCGGCUGUCAUCAACCUCAUCAUCAUCAUCAUCAUGGAUGAGAUCUAUGGAGCAAUCGCACGCUGGCUCACUAUUCUCGAGGUGCCAAAAACAGACAAAAGUUUCGAGGAGAGGCUGAUCUUCAAGACGUUCAUCCUAAAGUUUGCGAACGCAUUUACCCCCAUUGUGUACCUGGCAUUCUUCAGAGGCCGGCUCAUUGGACGUCCAGGCAACUAUAUCUACGUCUUGGGGUCUUACCGGAUGGAAGAGUGUGCCCAUGCCGGCUGUCUGAUGGAAUUGUGUAUUCAGCUCUGCAUCACCAUGCUUGGUAAACAGCUCAUCCAGAACAACCUAUUUGAGAUUGGCAUUCCGAAACUGAAGAAACUGAUCCGGAAAUGCAAGAUGGACUCGAAGCAGCAGGAAGAGUUGAACAAAAUGCUUCAUCGCCAUGAGAAGGACCACUUCCUUGGACCCUUUGUGGGACUCAACCCAGAGUAUAUGGAAAUGAUCAUCCAGUUUGGGAUGGUGACCUUGUUUGUGGCCUCCUUUCCUCUGGCUCCCCUCUUUGCUCUUCUCAACAACAUCAUUGAGAUCCGUCUCGAUGCCAAAAAGUUUGUCAAAGAGUUGAGACGGCCUAUCGCUGUAAGAGCAAAAGAUAUUGGAAUCUGGUACACCCUUCUGAGAGGACUAAGUAAAGUGGCAGUUAUUGUUAAUGCUUUCGUGAUCUCAUUCACUUCUGACUUCAUCCCACGGCUGGUCUAUCAGUACAUGUACAGUCCAGAUGGGACUCUUCAUGGCUUUGUCAACCACACCCUCUCAUACUUCAAUGUAAGUCACUUUCAGCCUGGCUCAGAGCCGCUGGAGCCUCUGCACCUGGGAUACAAUGUGGAAAUUUGCAGAUAUAAAGAUUACAGGGAUCCUCCGUGGUCUGACACGCCAUACGAGUUCUCCAGAGAAUUCUGGGCCAUUCUGGCUGCCCGGCUAGCUUUUGUCAUUGUCUUUCAGAAUGUUGUAAUGCUGAUGAGUGACUUUGUGGAUUGGCUCAUACCAGACAUUCCCAAAGACAUUAGCCUCCAGAUACACAAGGAGAGGAACCUCAUCGUUGAGUUGUUCAUGAAGGAGGAACAGGGCAGGAAGUACAGGAAUACUCUGUGCGACCAAAGUCCACAGCACCUUCGGUCCCGCCCUAGCUCGCAAGCAUAGUCCAUCAUCACUCACUUAUCCCAGUGCUGAGAGGGAAUCACGUAUACUGUCCAUCCCAGAGCCUGCUGUUAACUCAAUUCAGCUCUGGUGACCCGCUCAAAUGCCGACUGACAACAUGGAAGGACGACGGCACUUAGGACCAGAUUUGUUUCAAGAAAUGUUACGUGACUGCAGUCUCGCUCGCACACCAGAAAGAAGUUGCGACAAGAAAAAGAAAAAUUGUUUACUUUAUGUCUGUUUCCUCUGUAUCAAACACAGGAUUUUUUUCUAUUAGCUAUAUACAAUAUCUGCAGGUAGGUUUAUUUGGAAAGUGGGCUCUAGGGUGUGUAUUUUUACUGAUGAAUAUUAUAUGCAGUUUUUGUGAAGCAUUGCUGAUUUGGCAUUUGUGGAGACAGCUAAUGAGCAAUUUAUUUGGAAAGAAAGUGCUUUUGUAUGAAUUUUAUUCAAUUAAAAUGCUAUGUUUAUGUUUAAAAGAUCAGUAGGAUAGGAGUGAAACCAACUCAAAGUUGCGUUAAGUGCUUUUUAAAUUAUUUAAUGUUAUAAAUUUCAUUCAGGAUCAUUCUGGUCAAGUGUGUGGGGUGGGGGUGUGGGGUUACUCUUUUUAAGACCCAUACUUUCCUAGUACAUGCAGUGAUGUUUUCAAUUGAGGGAUAUCAACUGAUCGCUGGGAUUUUAGAGCACUCGCACAUGAUGUGUGUGUUUUUUUAGGUUGUGCAUCUGAAAAUGCCACGUGGUUGUGCUGAGUUAGGAUAUGCUGUAUAUAACAAUGCCAUGAAGUUCAAGAUGCCUUAAUAUGGGUGGAAAUGCACUGCAUUUAUUAGUAUUGCAUCAUAUGGACAGCUUAAUUGUGUCUACCUGUCUGAAUGUUUUCUAUCCCUUGUCUUGAUUCAUGACAUCCAACAAACCCUGAUGAAAUAAGAACAAAGACAGAAACAAAUGUUAUAUUGCAUGUGUCAUCCAUUCAAAGUGAGUAUUUGUGUCCCUAAAAGCUUUUUAAGUAAACAAUUCUAAUCCACAUAUAAUAUACUGUGUCUUGAAAAUACAUUUUUAUAUUUUUGUGUGGGCACACAACAAAUGCUUAGGUUUUUUAAAUUAUUUUAACUUAAAUUAUCCCACAAAAUGUUGUAUUUCUUAAAUGCAAAAUUAACAUCCAUGACUAAAUGUUAUCAUAUAAACCCGCUACAGUUCUUCUUAUAUUCAAUGUGUACCUAAAAAGGUCUUAGUUCCAUCUUUAUUACGAAUUUACAGUGUAAACCCAUUUUAGGACUGUUACGUCAUCCACAUACUGAUGAAAAGGAAAAAGCUUUGUCUUUGUCAUAAAUGUAGAGUUGUCAUUAUGGAUUUCCAAAGUUUCAAACUGCUACUGGGGUUAUGACUGUAUUGCUUUUGAAUUAUGUUUAAAAAAUAAAUAUGUCCUAUACAUUCCAAAUGUGGUAUAGCCUAUAAAGUAUGCAUUCAUUGACUGUAACGCUCACUGAAAAGCCAUUUACCCAAAACUUGUUGUUGCUUGUAGAAAAAAAAAAAAAAAACUCACUGACUUCUUAUUUGUUUUAUGUUUCUGUGCCCAAAUAGUGUGCUACUUUUAUUAAAAUUAACAAAGGAAGGAGGUGUAAUGCAGUAGGAAGUAGUAAACCUAAGUUUGCCCAGCCCACCUUCUUACUGUUGGGAAGUUCAA